AUGGGUUUUACUUCUAAAGUUAUUGUUUCUGUGAUUGUGAUUGGACUUUUGGGCUUUUUUAUUCAAAGUCUAUUUAAUCAGAACAAAGUGGUUCCACAACUGGAUGAAGUGUGGUGGGGCCCAAAUGAAAAUAAGGAAAUUGUCGAUAAAAAUAUACGACCUUUUAGUGUCAAUAUUAGUGAUACGGACUUAAAAGAUCUGCAGUAUCGUCUAGCUCACCAUAGACCCUUAACGCCUUCUUUGGAAGGCAUCCAGCAACAGUAUGGCUUCAACUCCAAACUCCUCCAAGAGAUCAUCCACUUUUGGAGGCACCAAUAUAACUGGAGGAAGUGCGAAAAACUCCUCAACAAAUAUCCACAAUUUAUUACCAACAUACAAGGUUUAGACAUACAUUUUAUAAGAGUUAAACCUGAGGAGAGUAAAGGGGUUAAGGUUUUACCUUUAUUAUUGCUACAUGGUUGGCCGGAGUCAGUAAAAAACCUUUUAAGUUUGAUAGAUAUUUUGACGAAACCCAGAAAUGGUAUUGUUUUUGAGGUUGUAGCCCCGCAUUUGCCUGGGUUUGGGUUUUCUCAGGCGGCAGUUAGACCAGGAUUGGGAGGUCCACAAAUGGCCGUGGUACUCAAAAACCUAAUGUUAAAAUUGGGUUUUAACAAAUUCUAUGGACAAGGGGGUGAUUUUGGAGCUUACAUCCUCAAAAGUAUGUCGGUUUUGUACCCCGAAGUCCUAGCAGGCUUACAUUCCAAUAUGUGUACAGUUUACACCCCUAAGUCUUAUUUGUACACGUUUUUGGGUCUACUAUACCCACAAUGGAUUGUCAAAAAAGAGCAUGAAGAUAGAGUGUAUCCUUUGAAGAAGUUGUUUGAAGAAAGGAUGAUAGAAACUGGGUAUUUUCAUUUGCAGUCGACAAAACCAGAUUCUUUAGGUUUUGGUUUAAAUGAUUCUCCCGUUGGCUUAGCAGCAUAUAUUUUGGAAAAAUACAGCACCUUGACAAAUUUUACUAACAAAAGUUUGAUCAAUGGUGGUUUAAAAGACUGUUAUUCCUACGAAGAUCUACUGGAUAAUAUCAUGAUAUAUUGGUGGACUGGGAGUAUUACAACUUCUAUGAGAAUUUAUGCUGAAACUUUCAACAAAAUCAACUUCAAAUUGGGAAUUGUAAGUUUCCCAACGAAGAUUCCUUCAGCCUGUGCAAGAUUUAAAUAUGACAUUUACGCCCCCGAUGGGCUUUUAGGUGAAGUCUUUCCAAAUUUAGUUCAACUCACGGAUUAUGACGGUGGUCACUUCGCGUCAUUUCAGAUGCCUGAUGUUUUAGCUAAAGAUGUUUUUAUGGCAGUAGAGAAAUUUGAAGAAAUAUUUAGAAGGAAUUCUAUAAAGACUGUUUAG